AUGGCUCGUUCCUAUGAGGUACACUAUGACUCCCCGCAUCGAGGGUUCCCUCCGGUAGCUCAGCGCAGGGCUGCCAUCUCAGCACUCAAUUCCUUGCAAACAAAUUUUGCGAUCGUGGAGGAACUCAAAAAAUCGACCUCACGGGAAGACAUCAACAAGCGCUCACUCCCAGAGACAGUUGAAUGGCUCCGUCGUAUUGGAUACAAACCUUCAGAUCUGAAUCGAUUGAACUUGGUUCAUGUCGCCGGCACCAAGGGCAAAGGCUCAACCUCGGCAUUCAUCUCAUCGAUCCUCUCUCAGUACACUAAGCCAGAGCAAGACCAGUCUUCCCGGGUGCUUCACAAAAUCGGGCUCUACACCUCACCUCACCUUCGAUUUGCGCGAGAACGCAUCAAGAUCGAUAACCAACCGCUUACUGAGGAACAGUUUGCUCGAUAUUUCUUCGAAGUAUGGGAUCGUCUGGACGCCGCCGCCCAGGCCGCGGGCGAAGACCCCUCGUCGCUGAGCACAAAGCCCCAAUAUUUCCGCUACCUGACCUUGAUGGCCUUCCACACGUAUUUGAGUGAAGGAGUUGACGCAGCGGUGAUUGAAUGUGGAAUUGGAGGAGAAUACGAUUGUACCAAUGUGAUCGAACAACCGAAGGUCACGGCCAUUACCAGCCUUGGAAUUGACCACACUGCCCUGCUAGGCACAACCAUUGAAAAAAUCGCAUGGCACAAGGGUGGUAUCAUCAAAGCAGGAGCCAGAGCAUUCACAGCGCCGCAAGCGCCAAGUGCAGAGGAAGUGCUCGCCGAGCGGGCCGCUGCCAAAAACACUCAGCUGGACGUCGUCUCCCAGCAUCCCGAGCUUCGUCCAGAGACUAGCCAAGUGCAACUUGGCUUGGCUGGUGACUUCCAGUAUACCAAUGCAUCUGUCGCAGUUGCAACGGCUGCUGAGUUCUUGCGGAAAACCGGCACAGCGCAGGUUUCCGAAAAUAUCAUGUCGGAACCGCUUCCUGAGAAGUUCAAGGCUGGUCUCACCAAGGCUCGCUUGGGUGGACGGUGUGAAACUCGCUUUGAAAAGAAUGUGGCUUGGUAUAUCGAUGGCGGGCACACCCUGGAGAGCAUCCGCCUGGCUGGCCAGUGGUUUGCCUCGCGCAUCCAGGCUGACUCAUCUAGUGAUAUUGCUGCCAGAAAAACGCGAGUUUUAAUCUUUAACCAGCAAACUCGAGACAGUACUGCUUUGGCUCGAGCUCUCCACGAGACUCUUUCAGCCGCUUUGCAGUCCGGCACGCCUUUCACGCACGCGCUCUUUUGCACGAACGUGACAUACAAACAAGCGGGCUUCCGUCCUGACCUGGUCAGUAUGAACACGAAUGCGGACGAUCUCGAGCUGCUCCGUGUCCAGAAGUCUCUUGCUACGGCAUGGAAUGAGAUCGAUCCGGCUGCUCAAACUCACGUCUUUGGAACUAUUGAGGAAGCCGUUGACUUUGCCCGAGACGUCGCUGCCCAAGAACGCCAGGUUCUUCAAAAGGACGAGGCGCCUGUCAUGACAUUUGUUACUGGCAGUUUGCAUUUGGUGGGGGGCUUCCUUGACGUUAUUGAGACCAAGCCAUACUCCGAGGCUGCUUGA